AAACUCCUGGAGCUGUCUAAGUGCAAAAUUAUAAGGACAUCAGUUCAACAUGCCUUCAAAACAACUCCUUAGAAAAGAGCUAAGGAAACUGUACACCUCACUGGCUGCAGAGCUGGUGAUCAUGGCCGGAACGGUCAUGUUGGCCUACUACUUUGAGUACACCGACACCUUCAGCGUGCACGUUCAGGGCUUCUUCUGCUAUGACACAACCUACACCAAACCCUACCUGGGACCGGAGGACAGCAGCGCCGUCCCGCCCAUCCUGCUGUACGCCGUGGUGGCCGGGCUGCCCACGCUGCUGAUUACGAUAACGGAGACCGUGCUGUUCCUCAUCCAGUACACAUCCAAAGAGUUCAUCCGCUCAGAGAAGACGGUGGCCACUGGCGACUGCUGUUAUCUCAACCCGCUGGUGCGCAGGACUUUCCGCUUCCUUGGAGUCUACACCUUUGGCCUCUUCACUGUUGACAUUUUUGUCAAUGCAGGCCAGGUAGUGACAGGAAACCUUGCACCGUACUUCCUGACGGUCUGUAAACCAAACUACACGGCACUGGGUUGCCAGCAGGCUCUGCGCUACAUCAGCCACCAAGAGGCCUGCACAGGAAACCAGGAUGACAUCCUGCGGGCCCGCAAAACUUUCCCAUCCAAGGAAGCUGCACUCAGUAUCUAUGCUGCACUCUACCUUGCUAUGUAUGUGACGUGCACAGUGCAGGCAAAGGGCACUCGUCUUGCCAAACCGGUGCUAUCCCUCAGCCUCAUGUGUCUGGCCUUCCUCACUGGUCUGAACCGUGUGGCUGAAUACCGCAACCACUGGUCAGACGUCAUCGCUGGCUUUAUCAUCGGUAUUGCCAUCGCCACUUUCCUGGUGGUGUGUGUUGUACAUAACUUCAAAGGCAAGCUGCUGCUGACUGGGGAGUCACCAGCCGAGCAGCAGGCAAACACAGCCAUGCUGAACAUGGGCAGAGCGGAUAGCCCUCUGGAGAAGUACAUCGCCUCACAGAAUCACAUCGCCUUCACUGAGGUCACAUGACGUGGAGUCGGCUGUGUGGCAGACCCACUGGACAUCCACACUCUUCACCAUCCAGUCCAAUUAACCAGAGCGCAGUGCUAAACCCGUUCUCUCUCUGUGUAUGGUCUGCAGUAUGUUGUUCUAUGUUGUCUUUGUUGCCCCUGUUGUUUUUUGCAACUGCUUGUAUUUAAGGGAAAAAAAGGAGAGUAACUCAGCUUCUGCUUUCUUAAUCUAUGCACUUAAUCUAAACCUUGCCAGGCAUAAACCUCCCAAAUGAAGCUUGUUGUGAGGUCAACUUCAUAGCAGACUUGUUGCACGUUGUGAAACGCUAGAUGGGUAAGUGAGGAGCAGGACACACAAUCUCAAUUUUAUUUUUUUAUGCCUUGUUUGUUUUGUGUGUGUAACAGCAGUUUUACAGCAAAAGGACAGCUGUACAGAAAUGGUUGAUUUCCGCCUGUUAGAGUUUGCUAUUGCUGUUAUCACAUUACCUUUGUAACAUUUAGAGAGCUGUGAUGAAUAUCAGAAUGUGACUGCUGUGGCCAUAUUUAUCUAAGAUUAUUUUGGAUUUAAAUGAAAAAUAAAACUAAAAAUCCUUUACUCACAAAGGAGUAAACUUAACUUCAAAUACUCCUGAAUUUAAGAGAUCUAGAGGUCUUUUAAGUUGCUUAAGAGUAGCAUCUUAGGGUCCUAGAUGGAUGUGGUAGAGAGAUAGAGAAGAGCACUGUUCAGUAUAUCACUGAUCAUGAGGAACAACAAAUUACUCCAAGCAAUAGGUGUACUUCAGAAUUAGGUACUCUGAAUCGCAACAGAUGUACAGUAGCUGCUCUUAUAAACUAUUAACCUGCAUUUUUCUGGAGUGAAAAUUACAAAGACAAGGGCCUGGUAAUGGCUAGACAGUUCAGACAGGACUUUAGAAAUCAUGUUUGGGUUCGGGUUCGGUUCAGCCACAUAGGUUAAACCUGACUGAUAUGAAAUGCUCCACAAAAGAAGCAUGGUUUGCAAUCAGUCAUGAAACUAGGAUUAAUGACUCUAAUUCACCUCUUGAAUAUACUGCUCCUGAUUAAUGGCUGAGCUUGCUGGCUUGAUAACUGGCUUGCUAAUUGGCAGCUUGGUGGAUUAUUGUGGCUAGCUACUGUUAGCAUGUUUUGCUGUGUCAGUUCGUGUAUUGUCUGGGCACUAAGGCUGGAAGUGAACUUGUUUCUCUUUCCUUAUACAUUUUUGUCUUCAUCUGUAUGUUUUUCUAAAUUCCCCUUUUUUAUACGCCAUGUACGCAGUCUACCAGCAGCAGAAUUUCUUCAGUUAGCUCCUGUCUAGUUUUCUUUUGGUUUCCAUUUGAUACUAUUUCCUAUAAUUUAUUCCCUGUUGAUUUGAAUGCUUGUUAAGUAACAUGCUUCAGACUUGCAAUUUCCAUGGCUGUUUCUUUUAUACUGUACAGAUUUUGAGUAAAAUAUUAACUGUUUUUCUCAAAGGAAUUAGGACACUCAGGUCAGCUCAUAGUUUUUAGCCAACACACGGUGAUUGAUUUUCAGUGUCGUGAGUGACUGUGAGAAAAUGAAACAGAUGAAUAAUUGUCAGUAGUAAAGUGCUACAGUAUGUUGUGGUGAUGCAGUUCUGGAGCAGCUUUGUCAAAUAUGAAAAAAUAUCGACUGGUGUAUUGCUGUUCAUUUGAAAUUGGCUAACAAGGAGUUUGUCAUUUUGAAUGUCUAUAUGCCAUAUGAGUGUGUACAGAAUGAAGAUUUGUAUUUGAAUAGACUUGCUUUUAUUAACUCUUUUAUUUGUGAGUAUAACUGUACAUCCAUUUGUGUGGUAGGUGAUAUGAAUGCUGAUAUCUUGGACAGUCAGUCGGCAUUUGCUAAGCAUAUGCUGCAGUUUUGUGAGGAUAGUCGGUAUAUAUUGUCCAGUCAGUCAUUGUUACCAGCAGAUAGCUAUACCUAUAUAAGUGAAGCAUGGCAUACAAUGUCAUGGCUUGACCAUUGCAUUAGCACUGCUGAUGCACAUGCUGUCUUGAAAUCUAUGGAAAUCUUAUAUGACUAUUCUAUGACAGAUCAUGUACCGUUUGUUAUGUUGCUGGAUAUAAACAAUCUUCCUGAGCUGACACACAGGGUAAAUGAUGGUCGUAAGGUUAAGUUGUGCUGGGCUAAACUUUCAAAAGAUGAUCUUGCCACAUAUUGUAUGAUGACAGAUAAUGGUUUAAGUAAGGUAAAAUUGCCCAGACAGGCCAUUAUGUGUACGGAUGUUAACUGUAAGGAUACUUCUCAUUCUAGGGAUCUUUGUGUAAUGUAUGAAGGUAUUGCUGAUGCUAUCUAUGAGAGUAGUAGAUCAUACUUUACGGGUAUAAAGGCUAAAAACAUCAAGCCAGGCUGGAAGAAGUAUGUGGCGGUACAUCAUGCAGAAGCUAUAAAAGCAUAUAAGGAAUGGGUGCAAGUAGGUAGACCCAGGGCUGGAAUUGAACUGGAGAAUAAAAAGAUCACUGGGGCAAGGUAUAAAUAUGCUGUUCGCUAUAUCACUAAAUGUGAAAAGAAUAUUAGAGCGGAUGCUAUGGCUGAAAAAUUGGCA